AUGAUUUGGUAUUUAUUGUUUGUAAAAUUUAAAAAGUCUUCAAAUGAUAGCACUGAUGAAUUAAUUAACCCGUUAUAUUCUUAUUAUCAAUCUGAACAAAGUGAGAUCAUUAAUUAUUGUUUUCUAGAUACAUCAAAUGAAGCACAUAAAUUAGAUUGUGAAGAACCUCCAGUUAAACGACAAAAAAUAAAUGAAACAAAUAACACUAAUGAAGAAAUCACACUAACAGAAUCAGAUGAAUUUGAACAAAUAAUGGAAAUAGAUGAAUUUGAAAAAAAUACUUAA